AUGGUCUUUCUAGAGUGGAUGCCAUUUCUGAUGUGCAUGCAACGACCGAAGUCGGCUUCUCGGAAAUUGAUGAGCCGGAAAAAACGAGCUGUCGCUGUCGCUCAGCUACCAGGAGUUGGCAAAUUCACUCUCAAUCGUGCAACACAUCAUCCAUUGUGUCCGAGUGCUGACGACAGGACUGCCUCAGUGAAAGUACUGAAUAGUGCGAAUGACAUUCCUCAAGAUCCUGACACGGCGAUGUUCUAUCCGCUUUCACCUGAUGCGCUUCGUGCCAUCGACGCUAUUGAGUACAUUACGGAUCAUAUUGUACAGGAAAAAGAAUACAAAAUGUCGGCUUCCCGGAAAUUGAUGAGCCGGAAAAAACGAGCUGUCGCUGUCGCUCAGCUACCAGGAGUUGGCAAAUUCACUCUCAAUCGUGCAACACACCAUCCAUUGUGUCCGAGUGCUGACGACAGGACUGCCUCAGUGAAAGUACUGAAUAGUGCGAAUGACAUUCCUCAAGAUCCUGACACGGCGAUGUUCUAUCCGCUUUCACCUGAUGCGCUUCGUGCCAUCGACGCUAUUGAGUACAUUACGGAUCAUAUUGUACAGGAAAAAGAAUACAAAAUG